AUGGGAUAUUUCAUUGGGUGUGGUGGGAGAAGGAAAAGUGCCACGUCAACAGGAGUAAAAAUAGUAAAGUUGGCAUACGAUACAUUGAUCGGGCGAUGUGUACUCGAAGACAGUGUCUUAUCGAAUUACAUAUCCCCACCACCACUAUCUUCUGAUAUUAUGUGUAAUUCGAUUAAAAACACAAGAUCACUUUUCGACUGUCUAACCGAUGGACUUCCCCAAAAAUAG